AUGGCCUCCUACAAGAUCGCAGCUCCUGAUGAGUACCUUGCCAUUACUGGCAUGGGAGUCAAGAAUGUCAAGAUUUGCAAGGCAGCAUGGGUUUGGCCGUUCCAGCGGUGCAUGCGCUUCAGCGUGCAGCCGCACGACUAUGCCAUGAACCUGCAGGCCAUGACCAAGGAGAAGCUGCAGUUCCUGCUGCCGGUUGUUUUCACAGUUGGCCCCGAUGUCAACCAACGCGGUGCCAACACCAGGGCAGGCCACUACGAGCCCGAGCAUCACGUUUCCGGCGCCGGUAGUGACGGCACCCCCGCAGGAGACGAGCAUGUCCACGACCAUCGGCGCGAAGAUCGAGGCGAUUCCUUGAUGAAGUAUGCCAUGCUGCUCGCCGAUUCCGGCGCCAACAAGGGCGCCAACAACCGCCAGUUCCUCGAGAACAUCGUCAAGGGGAUCAUCGAAGGCGAAACCCGUGUCUUGGUUUCGAGCAUGACCAUGGAAGAAAUCUUCACCGAGCGCGAAGUCUUCAAGCGCCGCAUCUUCCGCAACAUUCAGAGCGAACUAGACCAAUUCGGGCUCAAGAUCUACAACGCCAACGUUAAGGAGCUCAAGGAUGCGCCAAACUCGGUCUACUUCGAGUCCCUCAGCCGCAAGGCCCAUGAGGGUGCAACGAAUCAGGCUAGAAUUGACGUCGCCGAGGCACAGCUCCGCGGCAACGUCGGUGAAGCGCAGCGCAAGGGCGAGCAGGAGCGCGAGAUCGCCAAGAUCCACGCCGAGACGGCCGUGCAGAAGACGGAACGCGACAUCGAGCGCGCGUCCGCCGAGGCGGUACUCGCCACCCGCAAGACCGAGCUCAACCGCGACGUCGAGAUUGCGCGCAUCUCGGCCACGCGCAAGACCGAGGCCCAGGACGAAGACCUGAAGCGCGAGGUGCAGAUCAAGCGCGCCGCCGCCGAGAUGGAACGUCUCCGCGCAACCGAUGUCGUUAAGGCAACCAUCGCUCGCGAGGCCAAGCAGCAGGCGGCGGACGCAAAGGCGUACGAGGUGGAGGCCGACGCGAGGGCCAACUUCGAAAAGCAGAAACAAGAGGCCGAGGCGGGCGUGUACAAGUUGAAGAUCGACACGGAUGCGGAGGCGUACAAGACCAGACAGGACGCCGAGGCAUGGGCCGACGCUGCAGUGAAGAACGCCGAGGGUCUGCUGCAGAAGAAGCUCAAGGAGGCCGAGGGUAUCACGGCCAUGGCCGACGCCUACGCCAAGAUGAGCCAGGCGUUCGGCGGCCCCGCGGGCCUGCUGCAGUACAUGAUGAUCGAGAAGGGCACGUAUGUCGAGCUGGCCAAGGCGAAUGCCGAGGCCAUCCGUGGCCUGCACCCCAAGAUCAGCGUGUGGAACACGGGCGCCGAGGCCGGCGUGGAGGGCGCGCAGGGCAUGGGCAACCAGAGCAGCGUCGCGACCAUGCGUAACAUCUACCAGAUGCUCCCCCCUCUGAUGACCACCAUCAACGAGCAGACCGGAAUUUCGCUGCCCGAAUGGCAGUUUGGCCGCCUCGCGGGACAGAUGUCGCAGGUCGAGAGGGGUGAGAAGCCCAAUAGGAAGCCUUAG